CGUGGAGGUAGUUGGCGCUGGAAGCCCCUAGCAAUGGAUAAAUUCGUCAUUCGGACACCUCGAGUCCAGAAUAGUCCUCAGAAGAAAGAUCCUGGAGAAAAGAUUUACAAGCAGGCCACUAUUGAAUCUCUGAAGAGAGUUGUGGUUGUAGAAGACAUAAAAAGGUGGAAAACUAUGCUGGAGCUUCCUGGUCAAACCAAAGAAAAUCUCCUGGAAGCCUUGUGGGAAUUGAAGAAGAAGCUGCCCUCCAGGGAAGUGCUGAAAUCCACACGGAUAGGUCACACAGUGAAUAAAAUGCGUAAACAUUCAGACUCAGAAGUCGCUUGUCUUGCCAAAGAAGUUUAUACUGAGUGGAGAACUUUCAUUGAACAACAUUUGGAUAAGCCUUCUAUUGAAGUCCGAAGUGAUCCUAAAACAGAGGCCUUAAGGAAGAAUGCCCAAAAAUUACUCUCGGAGGCCCUGGAAUUAGAGAUGGAUCACCUACUGGUUGAAAAUAUUGAACGGGAAACGUUUCAUCUCUGCUCCCGCCUCAUUAACGGGCCGUACCGGCGCACGGUGAGGGCCCUGGUCUUCACAUUAAAGCACCGAGCUGAAAUCCGGGCUCAGGUGAAGAACGGCGCGCUGCCAGUCGGCACGUUUGUGCAGACCCACAAAAAGUGACCCGACGCUGCUUCCAACCCGGGGCUGGGCACAAAGGAAAACGGGGCUUCUCUCUGCCAUUCAAAGACGCCUUUGAGUUUGGGUGAUGGCCACUGCAGGCUGCGCUCAUUCUGCCCAUGUGCCUUUCCUGCUGACGGAGGAGGAAGCGGAGGAAGCGGGGAGCCCCCAGAGGCAGGCCUGCUGGAGAGGCUCCUGAGCUGCUGGGCCCCUAAUCACAGGAGCGCUGGCUGUCCCUGGGAUGCGCCGCAUGGUGCUGUCACCCAACCCGGGGAAAGGGUGACGGAUGGCACCGUGAGCAUACCAAGGACACCUCUAAACUUCCCCCAUGGCAGGCAGAUGAAGCUGCCACUUUAUUUCACCACCCUGCAGGUAACUGAAACUCAAUUACCGCCACUGCUCACUCGGUUCCAUCCCCCUGAGUUUAGAUCGCUCCCGUGCCUCUCAGAACUCCCCGGUCUGUUCUCUUUGCUCUCCCCCAGGGGUGAGCCUGCCAGAGCCCGCCACUACCCCUGCUCCCCAGAACUCACUUAUCUGAACGUUUCAGCUCUCCCUGGAAGACCCUGGUGCAGGGCUCCCCAGCCCCCAUGCUGGGGCUUCUAAUGAGGAGCUGGCCCAGAGCAUCCCCAAGCCUUGAGGUUCAUUUGAAUUAUGCUGCUCUCUGGGUCUCAGCCUCUGCGGAAGAUGCAUAAUGUACAUAAUGGAAAUUUCCCUUGAAAUGAAUUUCUGGGAGAGAAAGGAAACACAGAUCUAUAUAUUUGAAAUGCAAUAUAUGGGGAAGGGGCUGCUUUCUAAAUUUGUCAGUGAUAAUUUGCUUUUUUAAAGUGAUGAUAAUAAAUGGGGACUCCCCCACCCUCCAAAAUAAAAACAAA